AUGCCUUCUCCCCCGCAGACCCCAUCCGUGAUCCUGGCUCUCAGCGACCAUAUCGCCGAACGCCUGGACCAGCUCGCCAUCAGGGAGACCCAGCUCGACACGAAGGAGGCCCGCGUCGCCGAGGUCGAGCAAGCCGCCGCAGCCAAGGCGCUUGAACUUGUGGAACGCGCUGCCGUCCUCACUGAGCGCCAGGACCAGCUCGCCGUCAGGGAGACCCAGCUUGAGAAGAAAGAGGCCCGCGUCGCCGUGGUCGAACAAGCCGCGGUAGCCAAGACGCUUGAACUUGUGGAGCGCGCUGUCGUCCUCACCGGGCGCGAGGACCGGCUCGCUAUCAGAGAGAGCAAGCUCGACAAGAAGGAGGCCGGGGUCAACAAGGCCGCGGCAGCCGCUGUAACCAAGGCGUUCGACCAGGUGGAGCGCGCUGCCGUCCUCACCGAGCGCGAAGGCCGUAUUGCCGAACAUGAGGUGCGCGCUGCAAAGGAGGCGGCUCAGCUCUCCAAGAUUCUCGACAAGGCCGAGCGCCUCCUUCAACGCAGAGAUGCCGACAACGAACGUAUCACAAUCCUCAUUCGCCACAUCGCAGGCCUCAAUGCCCAGAGUGCCCAGUAUGAGGGCGCUGCCAAGCUUGCCGCCACCCGCAAUGUUGCCCCGGUUCACUCGACCAAGUAUUCCGCGGUCCUGGACCACCACAAGCCCAAGCUGUAA